AUGACUGAAAGGAACAAAGCGGCCAUUGUGAAAGCUGGUGCUGUUCACAACAUGUUAAAGCUUAUAGAAUCUCCAAAUGCUCCGAACCCAUUAGUGUACGAAGCUAUAGUGGUGAAUUUCCUUGGCUUGAGUGCAUUGGAUUUGAACAAAUCAGUGAUUGGAUCAUCGGGUGCAAUCCCAUUCUUGGUAAAAACGCUUAAAAAUUUAGGCCAUCAAAGUAGCCCCCAAUCCAAGCAAGAUGCCCUUCGAGCGAUCUACAAUCUCUCAAUCUUCUCGUGCAAUGUUCCGUUCAUUUUGGAAACUGAUUUGAUCCCAUUUCUAUUGAAAACACUUGGGGAUAUGGAAUUAAGUGAGAGAUGUCUUGCGAUUCUUAGCAAUUUGGUAUCAACCCCGGAAGGUCGAAAGGCAAUUAGUGUUGCCUCGGAUGCAUUUCCAGUAUUGAUUGAUGCUUUGAAUUGGAAUGAUUCACCGGGUUGCCAAGAAAAAGCAUCAUAUAUUAGAAGCAUAAAGGCAUUUCAACAUAGAAGUAUGAAUUUAGGGUACGUUUGUUACAUUGAAUGUAGAUUACAUUAG